AUGGAAAGGUAUAUAUCACUCAUAUUCGUGCUAUCGCCAUUAAUACGCUUUCUGUGUAACCCAGUUCGAAAAUGGAAUCAAAAAAGACCAUAUACCGGACAUUUUUUGACAUACUUUCUCAUAUUUCUUACUAUAUUAUUUAAAAUAUCAAAAAAGGAAAAGAAUUGUUUUGAAUUGUUAAAUGUGUCACCGUUCUCAUCGUUCGAUGUCAUCAGAAAGUCAUUCAAGACGGUCGCAUUUAACCUACACCCCGAUCGCAACAACUCAAAAACAUCCAACGAAGAAUACUCAAACUUGGUCGAAAAGUAUAAAUAUAUUUCAUCACCUGAUAAUCGCUACAAAUAUACCAGAUUUUACGAUCUGGUUAGAAAGGAUGAUAGAACAUUCCACGAAAUCACUAUAUUGGACCUCAUUUCCUUAUCGGUCCUGAAGAGUUGUGUUUCCAUUACAACUACUUUUUUCAUGUUGUUUUCAAACGGAGAGGAGAUAUUAUGGCAUCCAUUGCUCGUAUAUGCAAUUUUUAUGAUGUUUUUUGAUUUAUAUCUCCGACUAUCGAACGAGCCAUUUUUCACAACUAAACUUCCUUUCAUUAGGUACUAUGUAACAUUUGAGAUAAUAAUGAUUUUCAACGAAUUCAAGGCAUUUUUCAUUCACUACUCGACUUUAUUUCCCGAUGAAACCAGUAUUUCAACUUCAAUUGGAUCGAGCUUGCUCUCCAACAACUUAAAGGUCAUCGAUAAACUUGACUUUAUUUUGAAUAAUUUUAAUUUCCCGUCAUUUUCAAAGGAUUUUAAGCUGGAAUAUGCUACAAGGAACGUGUUUGGUGAGAUUUCAGAAAAAGUGGAAGAGACUAGGGUAUUUUUAACUUUGUUCACUUUGGUUCAGAAUAAGAUAAUGAGGAUUUAUAAAGAGAAGUGGGACUAUUCUUGGUCUAAGGAAUCGAAAAGGAACUACGAAAAAUUAUCUAAAAUGGGAGAAAAAUUUACGAUGGAGAAGGGCUCCAUUUUUUCUUUUAUUUUUAUAUGCGCGAUAACGAUUUUGAAUUUAUUAAAGUAG